AUGAAUUCUACAACUGAUAAACGUGAGCCGGAUCCCGAUGCCAUCAAAAUGUUUGUUGGACAGAUUCCACGUAAUAUGUCAGAAAAUGAUUUACGUGAUAUUUUUGAAAAAUAUGGACAAGUUUAUCAAUUAAAUAUUUUGAGAGAUAAAAAUACAUCGAAUAGUAAAGGAUGCUGUUUUGUUACAUUUUAUACGAGAAAAGCAGCACUUGACGCACAAAAUGCAUUACAUAAUUUAAAAACUUUACCAGGAAUGCAUCAUCCAAUUCAAAUGAAACCAGCAGAUACAGAAAAUAGAAAUGAACGAAAAUUAUUUAUUGGUAUGAUAUCAAAGAAUUUAGAUGAAGCAAGUAUAAGAAAUUUAUUUUUACCCUAUGGAAAUACAGAAGAUUGUACAGUGCUCAGAGACACAAGUGGUAAAAGUAGAGGAUGUGCAUUCGUUACAUUUCAAAAACGACAGUGUGCAUUGAAUGCUAUCAAAUCCAUGCAUCAAUCACAGACAAUGGAGGGUUGUUCAUCUCCAAUGGUUGUUAAAUUUGCAGAUACGCCAAAAGAUAAAGAAACGAAAAAAAUGCAACAACAAAUUACAAAUACAAGUGGAAUAAUGCAACAAUUAGCAGCUGCAUCAACAUUAGUAUGUAUGAAUCCAACACAAAUGAAUACGUAUAACUUAAUUCCUGAAAUCGGAAAUUUAGUAUUUCUUCAGCAAUUAUUAAAACAAUACGGAUUUUUAGCUAAUAAUGGAUCUGCGAUUAAUUUUCCUGCUCUUAAUAACUUAUUACAAAUGUUGAAUUCAACUGGUAAUAAACAGCUACCAGGUGGAAUUACAAAUAGUCCAUCGAAUAUGGGUUUAAGUUCACAAAAUGGUAGUACUCAGUCGUUGAAUAUACCUACUCAAGAUACUCUAUGUGGACCACCACAUCAAAUGAACUCACCACGUCAAAAUACGAAUAAUCAACCCAAUUAUACUGAUUCAGCGUUAUACUAUGCGAAUAAUGGAGCAAUUAAUGGAAAUGGACCAAAUAACUCACCUACCGUAGCAGCAUCAAAUAGCGGGUCUCUGUCCCAAGCAUCACCUUUUCAACAUCAUCUAUGUAACAAUGGAACUAGUCCCGUUCAAAAUGGAGGCGCAGGUGAUGCUGCACAAAAUCUCCAAGGAUUAGCUGCAUUAUUACAACUAUCCCAUAAUGCGGGUAAGUUAUUAAUGGGUGUACCAGAAGAAAUGGGUCACUUAGUAUUUCGCCAAUAUUUCUGUCACUUUUCAUUGUCAAGACUCGAACUUCUUUAUAAAAGAUUCCCCGUUCAAUUCUCUACAAAAACUAUAUUGAACAUUUUUUAUACAUGGUAUAAAUAACGGAAUAUGGAUGAAAUACUGCGAAGUUCUAGUCUUCAUUACUUUGUAGCCUAAAAAGCGGUUUUUAAAUUUUAGUCCUGGGCAACUUUCGAUAUAAGAUAAGAGAAAAUGACCAUUUUGUAGCCCUUGAAAAGCUCUAUCAACUGGUCAUAUUAAACUUUUCAUUAUUACGACUGGUUGUAGGAAAAUGUCUUUUCUUUUAUCAAUUUUACCAAAAAUCAUUGGCUUUCAACCCAAGGGGGAAUUAGCGGAUUCCGGGAAUCCUGGAGUUCGGUAAGAGUCUGGGAGUGUGUUAGAAGUUUAGGAGUGUCACAUGGGGUCCAAGAGUCCACUUCGGAGUCUGGGAGUACGAUUUGGCUUUAUACGUAAUUUGACGAGAAUUCUACUCCAGCGUUAGUUCCUCUUAUAGCACCUCUUAUAGAUUUUAUGUACAGUAUCUGAACUACUUUAUAUUCUGCUUAUAAGAAAUCUACAAAAAGAGAAUCUAGAGAACUCCGCAGUUCCGGUAGGCAUAAAUUCCGGACUUUGCCGAAAAUCAGCAUAUUUUGCAUUCUUUUGUCAGACUCGAAAAUUUUUUUUUAUUGAAAUACGAAUCGGUGUUUUAGGUUCUUGGUUUUAAAAUACUUCUAUCUUUUUGGGUGCUAUAAGAGAAAUUAAUUCUGGAGUAGAAUUCUCGUCAAAUUACGUAUAAAGCCAAAUCGUACUCCCAGACUCCGAAGUGGACUCUUGGACCCCAUGUGACACUCCUAAACUUCUAACACACUCCCAGAC